CGUCCUAUGCUGAGCCGGCUUCCUGAUGACGUGCCUGUUGCUGGCCCUGCUAGUAGAAGUGAAGGGGGUGUGGAUGGCUGUUGUUUGUAGCCGGGGAAGAGCAAUGGAGCUGUGCAGAAGUGUCAGCACUGGCAGGGAUGAAGAAGAGAGCACGGCGCCCAUGUCGGUGCCCCCUACCAGGGACAUAAAGCGGGAGCAGGAGAAGCUGUCCGGGGUGGUGAAGAGUGUCCACCGGAGCCUGAGGAGGAAAUAUCUGGAAGCUGGUGAUUUUGAUAAAAUAUGGAAGGAACAUUGCCAAGAUGAAGAGAAACUAUUUGAAUACGCUGCUGCAAUGAAAAACUUGGCGGGUAAUCAUUGGGCUAAGAAGUGUGAAGGAGAAGGCCGCAUUGAAUGGUGCCUUGGUGUUUGUCAAGAAUAUUUCUUCAAUGGAGGAAAGAGAAAAGCGAUUGAGAAAGAUGCAAGAAGAGCAGCCUUAAACAAUCAUCAGUUUGCUGCUUGUGAACAAAUGCUUGCUUCUGGGCUCAGCAUUUCAAAUGGCAACACAGCAAAUCAAGAAUUUCACCUUCCUGGGAAGAUCAGACUACUUGACGUAGGAAGCUGCUAUAAUCCGUUUGUAAAAUAUGAAGAUUUUCUGGCUGUUGGUAUCGAUAUUGUGCCUGCUGUUGAGACCGUUUACAAAUGUGACUUCCUGAACUUGCAAAUCCAGAGGCCGCUUCAGCUUGCACCUGAUGCUAUCGAGGCCUUCCUGAGGCAAAUGAAAAAUCCUAUAGAUCACCUACCUUCUGAACUGUUCCAUGUAGUUGUCUUUUCCCUACUCCUGUCUUAUUUCCCAUCACGAUACCAGCGAUGGAUUUGCUGUAAGAAAGCUCAUGAACUACUUGCACUGAAUGGCUUGCUGCUCAUUAUUACCCCAGAUUCUUCUCAUCAAAAUCGUCAUGCAAUGAUGAUGAAGAGCUGGAAAAUUGCCAUUGAAUCUCUUGGUUUCAAGCGUAUGACCUACUCCAAAUUUUCCCACAUGCAUCUCAUGGCAUUUAGAAAAACCUCACUAAAAACCACAAGUGAUCUGAUUACAAGGAACUAUCCAGAUAUGCUUUAUAUCCCUCAAGACUUCAAUUAUGUUGGAGAAGAGGAAUACUCCAACCCUUUGUGUGCCAGAUCUGACCUGGAAGAUGAACAGUUAGCAUACACAUUCUCCGAGCUGCCAGACACUCCUUACGAUUCCGACUCUGGAGAGAGUCAGACCAGCUCAAUGUCUUUCUACGAGUUUGAGGAUCCCAUUCUCCUCCUAAGCUAAACUAGUCCUAAUAUUUCCAAUGCCGAUAUGGCUGUAUUGCCAAUAGCAGGAUACAGACUUGAACCAGAAAAUAAAACGUUUACAAAGUUUGCUAUUUUCUUACUCCUGUAAUUUUAGACAUUUUUACUGCUGUGGAAAAGCUGGAUGAUACUUUGUAGUAACAGUUUAACAGUUCUGGUUUGUUUUUUUUCCCCCCUCUUCAAGGUACGAACGGUCUAGAAUUCAUCUUUUGAGUAGUGUUGAUGACUAGUAUUUUUAUUACAAAAACAUUUUGAAUCCUUUUUUUGUUUGUUUUUCUUGCACCAUUCUAUUUGGACAUUUUAUGUGCACUACUCAGUUUUGGAGUAAUAGCAAUAUUUUGUCUAUUCUUUGGGUAAUGCCUUUUGAUGGAAGGAAAUUCCGCAAUAUCAAAAACCAUGUUCCUUUUUUUUCCUACACAAUAACUUGUGUUAGUUUCUAACAGUAAUAAUAAUAAUAUUGCACAAUUAAUAACUAACAGUUUUUGGGAGAAGUAUAUUGCACAUAAGGUUUUAUCAUCUGUUAUGUACAUGUGAUUUAUUUUUUUUCCAUCUUAAUACCUCGUUAUGAGAUUUUGCACUGAACAUAGGUUGGCCUGUUCUUCUAAGCUAAAUAACUUAUUCAUUUUAUUCUUGGUAUGGUUUUUAG